UUCUCGGAAACACGUAGCAAAAGGCGAAGGUGCUCCGGAGGGCCAACGCAGAGACACAAUUCCAGCCGUCCGAUCGAGGCCACGCUCGCACACAAGAAAGAGAAGAAAAGAACCAGGAAACCGGCUCCUCUUGCCUUGCUCCGUUGGCCGCCGUUGCGAGCCUCCGCCGACCGGCGCCGCCACCGUGUCUUUUCGGCGUCCGCUUCCACCUCCUCGUCAGGUGCCAUGUCGGCGCUGUUCAACUUCCACUCGUUUUUGACGGUGGUGCUGCUGCUGAUCUGCACCUGCACCUACCUCAAGAUGCACUUCCCCUCUCUCCUCAUCCGCCGGACAGGGUUUCGUGGUUUCUUUUGGAAGGCUGCUAGGAUAGGUGAACGCCUUAGCCCCUGGGUAGCCAUUGGGUGCUCUGUGAUGGGCAUAUCGAUUUUAUUUUGUUGAGGUUAGGAAGAUGUUUUUGCCUUUCUUUGCUGACGAUACUCCAGUGUAGUGAACAGGAACCUAGUGGUUUGCUUCUCUCUUGUAAGCAUCUCACAAACCGCGUACUUCUUGUUUGGUCCUUACACUUGAGAAAGAAGAGAAGCAUGUGAUUUUGCAGUUACAUACUCUGAUAGUCUGAUCUCUUUGUUUGAGAUCUCA